AUGAGAAGGGAGUUAGUCGGUUCGAAGUCGUGGGCGAAACAGUACGGUGGAGAGUUAAAUCACCUCACGACUACGACGGCGAUGUACCGGCGAAGGACCAACUACAUGAUCAUUUUGCUGUUGCACACCUUGAAACGCAAACAACAGCAGCACCUACAGCGUCCACCUGUGGCUGCGUACUUCGCCACGAGUGAAUCUCGAUGGCCAUUGGAGAUCUGCUGCAACCUGCAGAGCUAG